GCUCUUUCACUGUGGACUCUGUCCAGGGCGAGCUAGGGUUUUUGCGGACGCACUCUGCUUCGCUCAUGGAUGUGGAGUCUGGCGAAGGCGCUACAGGCCUCAUGUGGUCGCGCCUCCUCACCACCGAUUCGCCUCUCUCCGACGAUGCUGCUGGAGCUGUGGCAGCCGACGAGUGGAAUGCCGCGAAUGAAGCUUCCAGCGUCGUCGAGAGCUUGGAUUACGAGGUCAUUGAGAGCGUCGCAUACCGUGACGAUCAGGCGAUGAAGGGCUGGUGGCAGCUGGGAUCGUAUGUGACAUUGAAGUGGCUGUUUGCUCUAUUUAUCGGUGUAGGGACUGGCCUCUCAGCUUUCGCGAUCAAUGUCGCUGUAGAGAAUUUCUCGGGGUGGAAGUUCCUCGCUACAUUUGCGAUAAUGAGGCAUUCCUAUCUUGCAGGCUUUGUCAUCUAUGCCUUGUUCAACGUUGCGUUGGUCUUCUCCUCCGUGUACAUUGUCACAAGCUUUGCUCCAGCUGCGGCUGGAUCUGGCAUUCCAGAACUAAAAGGAUAUCUAAACGGCAUAGAUACGCCAGGAAUUCUUUUGUUCCGAACUCUUGUCGGAAAAAUACUUGGAAGCAUUGGUUCUGUUGGGGGAGGAUUAGCUCUGGGUAAAGAGGGGCCUCUCGUGCACACGGGUGCUUGCAUUGCCUCACUGAUCGGACAGGGAGGCUCUACCAAAUAUUAUCUCAACUCGAGAUGGAUCAGAAUGUUUAAGAACGAUCGGGACAGACGUGAUCUUGUGACGUGUGGAUGUGCUGCUGGUGUAUCUGCAGCAUUUAGAGCUCCAGUAGGAGGAGUGCUUUUCGCUCUUGAAGAAGUUACGUCAUGGUGGCGGAGUCAAUUGCUUUGGCGCGUCUUUUUUACCUCUGCUAUAGUUGCUGUUAUGGUUCGAACUGCAAUGGGAUGGUGUACUCAUGGAAAUUGUGGUCAUUUUGGCUCUGGUGGCUUUAUUAUAUGGGAUACAUCUGGUGGUCAAGAAGAUUACUCAUUUUACGAACUCUGGCCAAUGGCACUACUUGGCGUUAUAGGAGGAUUGCUAGGCGCACUCUUCAAUCAACUAACUUAUAUGCUUUCUUCAUAUCGUCGGAAUGUGCUACACAAGAGAGGAAAUCGUGUGAAGAUUAUUGAGGUCUGCGUGGUGUCUUUGAUUACGUCUGUGCUGUCCUUUGGUAUACCUCUGCUGAACAAGUGCACUCCAUGCCCCGAUCCUGUUAAAUAUCCGGACAUUGUUUGCCCUCGACCUCAGCAACAUUAUGGAAAUUAUGUUCUUUUUAACUGUCCUAAAGAUUCCCAAUACAAUGAUCUUGCAACGAUUUUUUUCAAUACUCCCGACGAUGCCAUUCGCAACCUGUUUAGUACGAAGACUGUUCACGAGUACAGUGCCCGUAGUUUACUUACGUUCCUGGCUUUGUUCUUCUUUCUUGCUACUAUAACUUACGGAACAGCUGUUCCUGCCGGCCAAUUCGUUCCCGGAAUAAUGAUAGGAGCUACUUAUGGACGCCUUGUGGGAAUGCUUGUAGUCAAUCUGUAUAAGAAAGACGGAAUUGACGAGGGAACAUAUGCUUUGUUGGGAGCAGCUUCUUUUCUUGGUGGUUCCAUGCGGAUGACUGUAUCGUUGUGUGUGAUCAUGGUAGAGAUCACAAACAACCUGCAGCUCCUGCCAUUGAUAAUGCUUGUGCUGCUUAUAUCAAAGGCUGUUGGAGAUGCCUUUAAUAUGGGAUUUUAUGAGCAACAAGCGUAUCUACGACAAAUACCCCUUCUUGAAUCUCGCCCCAAACGAUUUCUGAGAAAACUGUCUGCCAAGGAUGCUCUUCACACUAGCAAGGUCGUCAGUUUCCCUCGAGUUUCAAAAGUGGGCUCUAUUGUUUCAGUUUUACGUAGCGUCAGUCACAAUGGAUUUCCGGUAAUAGAGCAACUUCAAAACGGGGAAACGGCAGUUAUUGGCCUCGUACUGCGGAGCCACUUGUUGGUGGUGUUGCAAACUAAAGCAGAUUUUCAACACGGUCCGACUCCCGGACAUGAAAAUCGUACCAAAAACAAGUAUAGCGUCACAGAUUUUGUAAAGCCCGUGUCUAGCAAGGGUCUGUCAAUAUUCGACGUCAAUCUCACAGCGGUAGAAAUGGAGAUGUAUUUGGAUUUACAACCGUUUGUAAAUCCCUCGCCUUACAUAGUUUCCGAGGACAUGUCCCUCACGAAGGUCUACAACCUGUUUCGACAGCUGGGACUUCGUCACGUCUGUGUUGUACCCCGGCCUUCUAGGAUACUCGGUGUAAUCACCCGCAAGGACUUACUUCCAGAGAGCUUGGAAAGUGAAUCUUCCGCCAGGAAAAGAUACAAAACGCCCGAGAUGGAGCUCCUGGAGAGCGCAUUAUAAAGUAUGAGACGAAGGGAGACCUCCUCGUCUCUCCUUGUACAUUUUUAUACUGGACACCAGAUUUUGCCUAUCAAUGCAAUCGAUCACACUGCGCACUAAUCUGGAAGCUCCAACCGAUCCUCUAGCAAAAACCAAAGUAUCAGACGCAAACUUUUUUGUGAAUUCCUCACACCAUGAUGGUCAUGUAGUCAAUUUAAGAUUAUCAGAUUAAUAUUUGUGA